GCAGCGGCAGUUGUCAUGGAGAUUGUCUUGGGCCCGGCGUCGUCUCCAGGCACUGUUGCCAUGGGGACUCGGGUCCGGAACUCGCUCUCCGCGGUAGAGGAGGAUGAGGGCGAGGAGCUGCACCUACACCGCAGCAAACACCGCGGAAACUUCUCCAUGCUGAUAGUGAUCGGGGACAUCGGCACCGACCACCAGCUGCAGAUCGCCAAACAGCACAUCGAGCGCGGGAUCCGUUCCUGGAACAUCAGCCUCGAAGAAUGUGAUCUGGACAAACAGCUUCAGCUCUUCAUAACUCGACACUCUGCCCAGUUUUCUGCGGAGGUCAGAGGGCAAAGGACUCUACACCACAGAAGUGAUGUACUUGAAACAGUUGUCUUAGUCAAUCCAUCAGAGGAUACGGUUCUUUCAGAGAUCCGGUCUCUUGUGUCUGACCCAGCUGUGCACAAACUACUGGUCCUGAGUGGACAGAACUCAGACCAAGGUGACCUGGUUCUUCAAACUGGGGUGUUUACUCAUCAAGCCGUCUCAUGUGUUUUGGCUGAUCCUGGGGUUGUUAACCUGCUGGAAAAAGCAGUCCCAGGGCAACAGGCAACACUCACUGUGUCUUGCCGGGCUGAGGCAGGUUGGACAUCAUUGGGACAGCAUUUGAGGGAGGUUAUGGACUUCAAAUUGAAUCCAGAGCCCAUACUCCCCAAAAUGGAAGGUGUCACAGAGUUCACAGAAUACAUUUCUGAGACUGUAGAUGUCCCAUCCCCAUUUGAUCUACUUGAGCCACCCACAUCUGGAGGAUUCCUUAAGCUAUCCAAGCCUUGCUGCUACAUUUUCCCUGGUGGUAGAGGGGACUCUGCUCUGUUUGCAGUCAAUGGCUUCAAUAUUUUGAUUGAUGGUGGCUCAGAGAGAAGAUCAUGCUUCUGGAAGCUUGUCAGACACUUGGAUCGUAUUGAUUCCAUUCUUCUCACCCACAUUGGUGCUGACAACCUCCCUGGUAUAAAUGGACUGCUUCAAAGGAAGAUAGCAGAGCAAGAGGAAGAGCAAUCACAAGGUUCAACUACCUACAGUGACUGGAUGAAGAACCUCAUCUCACCAGAGCUUGGAGUUGUGUUCUUCAAUGUACCAGAAAAGCUGCGCACAUCUGAAUCAAACUUAAAAGUCAAGCGUAGUAUCGAAGAGGCCUCUCUGACAUUGCAGUACCUUGACAAACUUGGAAUGACACCUGAACCUCUUUUCCGAGUAGUUAGUAAUACAAUUGAACCCAUCACUCUUUUUCACAAGAUGGGUGUGGGUAGGUUAGAAAUGUUUGUCCUCAAUCCUGUGAAAGACAGUAAGGAAAUGCAGUUUCUUAUGCAGAAGUGGGCUGGUAACAGCAAAGCAAAAACUGGGAUUGUUCUUCCCAAUGGAAAGGAAGGAGAAAUAUCUGUGCCGUACUUAACAUCUAUUACAGCUCUUGUGGUGUGGCUUCCUGCCAGUCCAACAGAGAAAAUUGUUAGAGUUCUGUUCCCUGGCAAUGCUCCCCAGAACAAAAUUCUUGAGGGGCUUGAAAAGUUAAAACACCUGGACUUUUUGCGAUAUCCAGUGGCUACCCAAAAGGACAUUGCUUCAGGGCUCUCACCAUCUGUUAUAAAACAGCCAAAAUUAAAGCAAAGGGCUGAGAGCAAAGAAAGUCUUAAGUCAUCUCCCAAGACACACACACCUACCAAGAUUGUAAAAGAACCUGAAGAAGACACAUCUAUUCUUGAGACAAAGACUGAAACUGUCAAGGAGAUCAAAGCUGAGAAGAAAGAGGAGAAAAAACACACACGACCAUUGAAACCAAAAGCUGAGGUAACAGAAAAGAAAAAGUUAUUAAAGGAGAAAUCGAUUAAAAAAUACACCAAAGAAAGAGCAACUAAAAUGGAUGAGAAAAAGGACAAAGAAAAGAAAGAGAUCAAGAAAGAUAAACAUGAACUCAAAAAAGAUGACUCUGUGAAAAAAGAUGAGAAAAAAAUAAAGAGCAAAGAUGUUGUAAAACCAGAAUUGAGGAAAAUAACCAAACCUGAUCUAAAACCCUUCACACCAGAAGUCAGAAAGACUCUUCACAAGGCAAAAACUCAAGGGAAACCCAAAACCACUAAGAGCAAGGCUACUAAGAUAGAGCCUAUUGCAGAACCAGCUUCCAAGAAAGCUGAGUCUGAAACACAAGAGAAUGAAACAGCAGAGGUUAGAUCUGUUCCCUCAACUCCAGAAGAUCUGACAAAAGAUUUUGAGGCGCUCAGAGAAAAUGACAUGCAGAUAGAUCAAUCUGAGCCAGAGGAAAUUGCCCAUGCACCGUCAAAAAUAUCAGUAGAAGAAGAACCUGGACCAAUCCCUGACACUACCACUGAGAAAGAGGAGGUCUUUGAUUCUGCAAGAGAACCCCAGGAACCAAGAUCUCAAGAUAAGGAAGAAGCACUAGCGCCAACAGAGAUCAAAGGGGAACCUGAGAAAUCUGCAGAUGAGUGCCAGGUACAAGAGGGUGAUAAAUUUGAAGAUGAAGGGACUGCUAUAGAUGAUGAAGAGGAGGAAGAGGAAGAAGUGCUGACAGUUGAGAAGAAGACAGUAGAAGAGGAAGAGGAUAUGGGAAUAGGGGAUGAAGAAGAUGAAGCGAUGGUAAAGGAUACUAAAGAUAUGGAGGGAGUUGACAGAAAACAUGAAGUUGAGGAAAUGGAAAAACACAAAAGCAGGGAAGAACUUACAGGCAUAACAAAGACAGAAAUUGAGGAAGAGCAAACCGAAGAUGAAUAUGUAAUUGAAAAAGCUGAGCUGGAGGAGGCAGAAGAUUUGGAUGCCAUUGCAGAUGAAGAAAUCAAAGAUGUCACUUAUGAAAAAGUUACAAAGGAAUGGGAGUACAAGACAGGGGAGGAUACUCAGGCAGCUAAAGAGGAAGAGGUUGCAUCUACAGUGCAAGGAGCUGCUGCAGCAGAGUGUUUAUCCUAUAUUCAGGACGAGACCAUACCUGGUUACUCAGAAACUGAGCAGACAAUCUCAGAUGAAGAGAUUCACGAGGAAGUAGAGGAUAGAAUACACCACCUUCAAUAUGAAGUCAGCACAUAUGAUGUCUCAGUACCAGAUCAACCAGGCUCAUUUGAUGCAAUCCAUGGCAUGAAAGAGAUGCAAGCAAUGGGUGAUGAAACAGCAAAACCAUUUAUGGGUAUCCAAGAACCUGCUAUUUCUCUGUACACCAGCAUAAUUGCUGCUCCACUGGCAGAGGAGGAACAUGUUUCUUCAGCAACAUCCAUCACUGAGUAUGAAAAAGUAUCCUCUUUUCCGACCUCUGUUACUGAGGAUCAGUCAGUGGCAUCUGUCACAGCACCUCAGACUGAAGACACUGGAAAGAGCUCACUAGAUUUGGACACAGUAAACAUUGUACAUCCCAUAACACAAACAGAAGCUACUCAAGGAAAAGACUACUUACACUCUGCUGGAACCAUCUCUCCAACAUCCUCCCUGGAGGAGGACAAAUGCUUCAAAUCACCUCCUUCAGAGGAAUUUCCACCUCUUCCCCUGGAAGUCGAGACCACUGCUCACCAUGAUGAAGAUGAGGAGGAUGAGUAUGAAGAUCAAACACCAAACAUUGACAUUUCACUUGGAAAACUACAGGAAGGAUAUGCUGUAUCCCAGAAACUGCAUGAGAAAGCCAAAGAAAGUGAGAAGCCCAAGAGCCCUGAGCCUGCUUCUUUGGAGUCCACACUGGACAAAAAAUCACUGUCCUCUCCUGAGCUGGAGGAAAGAACGGUCUCACCAAUUAGAGAAGAUGUAAUUUCUAAACCAGUAAUUUCAGAUUUGCCUGUUUUUCCAGAGACUGAAGAUCGAUGCUUCAGUCCAGAUGACAGCACUGUGAAAAUGGCCUCUCCUACUCAGUCUGGACCACCUAGUGCCACCCACUCCCCUCUUCGCCUAUCACCAGUGGAAGAUAAAGCCAAAAUGUUCCCUGAACAGUUGCAGCAAGAACAGGAGAAACUAGCCUUCCCCUCAGAGAUUGAAAUUGAUGAAAGUGAAAAACAAAAAAUACAAACUGACAAGGCAGAAGAAUACAAAUCAGACACCAUUGCAAAAACGGAUAAAAAAGAAUUACAGAGUCAGGAACAGAAGGAACAGUCUUUGGUGAAAGAGGAAGAAAUAUCUCAAGACGCAAAGUUGUCCACUACUGUAACAGCUCCACUGACAGCAAAGGAGGAGUUUUCAUUGAAAAUGGUAGAUUUAGCAGCAGAUCAAGACAUAAUAAAAGGAGGAGCAAAGACAAGUGGAGAUAAUGAGGAUAAAUAUCAAGACAUUUUCCAAGCCAAAACCGUGGAAGAAGGAAAAAGUGGGUCUCUUCAUGAUCCUGAUCAUACUGAUGAAACACUUGGGGUUAAAGAUGAGAAAAGAGAAAAAGAAAAGGAGCUUUAUGAUGAUGAGAAAGAAAAGGAGGAGAAACAAGAAGAUCACGAGCAAAUAUCUCUCCCAGAGAUAGAUAAAAACACAGAUGUAUCAGUAUUAGAAUCUAAAGAAAAGCAGACAGAAAUAGUACAGCAGCAAUGUAUAAUAUCAGAAUCAGAGAAAAUAGCUUUGCUUCCUAAAGAGAAUGAGGUGUCUCAAAAAGUGUGUGAUAAGACAGAAAGUGACACUAAGCAGGAUCAAGAAUCUAAAGAUAAACAUGAUGAAGAAAUUCAGCCUCAAGUUAUAGAAUCAACACCAGAAAAGUUUCACCUGGCUCAUGAAACCAAAGAGACAGAUGUGGUCAAUGAACAAGCUCAAGACAUACAAGUAUUACCACAUACACAAGUUGAAACAUUGGAUGAAUCUUUGAUAAAAGAUAGAAAGAAGGAGAAACCUGAUGAUGUAUUGACAGAAUCAGAAAACAUUGAUAAAUUAGAUGAGAUAAAGGACAAAAAAGUAGAAGUUACUGAAACUGUAAUACUGCAGUCCACUUUACAAGAUGUUGAUGCAUGUCAUAUAAUUAAACAAGAGUCUAAAGAAAUGGAGAACGAAGUCAUUAAGCCUCAAACACAACAAGUAACUUUGGAAACAACAGACAUAACCUCUAAAUGUGUGGAUGAGAGUCAUUCCCAGACAUCAUUGCUAGAUGACAAAACAAAACUGGAAGAAGAAUGCAAAGAAGACACAAAAGAAGACAUGUACUCUGAAAUACAGCACCCAGACACAUUUGGACAUGUUUCCCCAAUAACAGAUAUUGUUGUGGAGACUGAGUCAGUUAAAGAAGUAAAAGAUACAGUUGUGGUAUCAAAACAAGUUCAAGAAUCUAAGCAAGACCAAGCAGAACAAAUACACACUAUGGAUGAGACACAUUUAUCAUACAGAAGUGAGGAGGACACUACAAAGAAGCCUGUGGAUGAAAAAAUGGAUGAAUCAUUAAAAUCUGGCCUUGAAUCUAAAGAUAAACAUAUAACAGAAAGCCAGCCUGAAGCCUUCCAGGUACCCUCAGAGGAAAAACAUUUAGUAGUGAAAGAGGUUCAACUAACUAAACACAAGGAGGAAAUUGGCCCUCAGGUUAAGUCAGACAUAACAUGCAAACAUGAAGAAGAAUCCACAGAGAAACAUGAAUCCCAAUCUAUAGCAGAUCUUAGUUCAGAAAAGACAGAAAUACUUUCCAAAGCAGACAAAUCAGAUCAGUCUAAAGAUGAAAAACUAAGCCCAUCUGAAAGAUCCACAGAUAAAUUAGAGAUCAGGGAAGACAUUAUGCCAACAGUAUCAGUCCCAGUAAAAGUUUCUCCAAAAGCUGAUCAUGAACCCAAGGAUAAAGAUAUAGAAGAUGACCAAUCAAAUGCAUCCGAACCUAUUUCUGAGAAAAUUGAUUCAGCAGACAAAGAAGCUCAGUACUCUAAAGAGAAACAAGAGAUUCAAAGGGAAGAAGUUCACAUACCCACCUUCCCUUCAGAAAGAACAGGUGUAACUGACAAAGUCCAAGAAACUAAAGAGAUACACACAGAAGACAGCAAAACGCAAGAUCUUGACUCAUCUUCUCAAAUGACAGAUGACAUUUUAAAAGUGGAUCAACCUGAUAUACCUGAUGAAACAGUCUCUUCAAAACCUGAAUUGGAAUCCAAAGAAAGUCCCAUCAAAUCAUUAUCUGAGCUGACCCCUUUAUCUGGAUCAGAUAAAAUAAUGGAUUCAAAACUUGAUUUACCAUAUAGAGAACUUCAAAAGGAGGAUACCCCCAAACCAGUGAUUCCAGCACCAUUGGAUCAAGAGCCAGAGAAAUCAACUCUAGAAGGAACAAAACGAAUUUCAGUGUCAAGCUCGGAGACAGAAGAUGUGGAAGAUCAGACAGAGCUUAUAGAUAGAUCACAACAGCACAGAGAUGACCAGCAUCUGUCAACCUAUGAAACAGAGACCUUCCUGUCAGUAUCAGAGAAAACAGACAUUGGUGCUAAGUUGAAUUUAGACUAUAAAGAAAAAUGUCUUGAGGACAUUAAAACUGGAGCUUUAUUUUCAGCAACAGAGAGUAGCAUAAAAACAUCACUAGGCUCUGAAUUUCCAACAAAGUACUCAGAUAAUGAAGAAAGUACUGAAGACGAUGAAGGAGAUGCCGUCUGCAUGGGGGGUGCAGGUUCAAGACCAUUGUCAGUAGAACCACGGGUCUUAGAGGAAAGUAACGAAACUUUCACUGAACAAAUCCCAUCUACAGCAGGCACUUUAAAAGAUGAAUUGCCAACUCAGGUAGAUGACAAAAAUGUACUAAAAGACAGCAAGGAGCCCAAGAGCGCAUCUAUUCCUAUAGCUCCUUCAGAACAUAGUACUACGGCAUCAACACUCGAGCUAUCAACUCCUGCGUCCACUCAGGUGAGUGGUGAGGAGUUAAAAAAACCUGAAACACAGCCUUCCUCAACAGACACUGUUAAACCUGAAAAGGAACUGCAGAGGGAGAUGGAACGAGAGCGAGAGAUGGUCUCUCCAGUGUUAGAAACAUCCUUGUCAUGUUUUAAAAAAGCAGACAGUUUUGAAAAGACAAAAACAGAAAAAGAGAAAAUGGAUUACAGUAGCACCUAUGAACCAGAAAAAUGGAGCUAUGACGCUUCUAAAUAUGAGCCUUAUGAAAAACCAGUCUCAAAGGAUUUUGAGAAGGACAGAGAAGACAAAGACACAUUUUCUAAAACAAACCUUGACAUAAAUGCAGUUGACAGUAGAAGGGCUAGCCAGACAUCUCUGCAGGGAGCUGCAUGCCAACUAGAUGAACAAAGUGAUGAAGAACCAGUAUCAUUCAGCAAGGUUGACUAUGACAUGUCUUUCUCAGAGAUGAAGACUAGUGGCAUUAGUGGACCCAGUACCUGCUCUGAGCAAGAUAAUAAGGUGAGUUACCAAGAAGAAGAAGUAGCUAGAAUGAGAGUAGAUGCGGAUAAGAGUCCUGACAGCAAAACCACUUCUGUAGCUGGAUCAAGUUCUUUUUCUUCCAGUGAAGUCCAAGACAAAUCAGAGAAAUUAGAAAGAGAAGAGAAAGAGAAAGAGAAGGAACCUGCCAGAGAGGACACAUGUUCUCUCAGUAGAGAAGAAGAAAAAGACACUUACACUGAACUGUCCUCAAAACUACCUUGCCCCUCUGCCUCCAGUCUGCCACAACCUGAAAAGUUAGACAUUGCCAAAGAGAAAGAGAAGGAUUUAAAGAUAGAAGAGACAAUGGCUACAUCACAUAGACAGAUCUGUGAUAAUACUAUGACAACUGUUCAAGCUGAGACUCUUGUAGAUGUUAAGACUUCCAAACAUGGGCUGGUUUCACAAGAUCAGAUAAGCUUAGAGACCACGACGAUACAGUCAACCUCAUAUCAGACUGAGAAUAUACCAGAGAGUCAGACCAGAACAAGGGAAGAUGAGAUAGGCAUUAAGUCAGCAAAGCAAGUAGAAGAAGAUUCAUCAGACAGCAAAAAAGACCAAAUUUCUUCUUCUAGACGUACAUCACCAGAGGAAAAUAUCCAACCUGGUCAAUCAACUCCUGUAGGUGUAAGUAGCCAUGUUUCUGGUUCAUCUCCUGAGGAGCGGCAUGUGCAUGACACUGUCCUUGCAUCAGAGUGCACAAGUAUUGCAAGUUCUCUGACCAGCAAAUCGCAGCUGGCGAGUGGAGAGACCGAAACAUACCCAGUCAAAAGUGAGCAGAUUUUUGCAGAUGAAGAAGGUGAUUAUAACGAUGAGGAAGAGGCAGGUGAAGAGGAUGAAGCCAGUGAUUUGGGUAUGGAGAAAGGUGCCAGAGAGAUGUCUGAGAAAGAAUCCAAAGCUGCAUCUGAUCCAAUGGAUUCUAAAUCAAGUGACAAAAUGCAAGAGCAGCCAUGUGUAGAAGAAUAUUCUUCUAAUAAAAUCCAGGAAGAGGAGGAUGUAUCACUAGCUUUAAAAGAUCCUUUGCACACGGAGACAGCUGAAUCAUUUACUAAAGACAUUUUUGAAACCUCGCGUGAGACAGUUGCAACAGGUCUUACACAUGAGGUGGUAAGCACAGACAUUGAGCAGUCAAAGGAAAAAGACAGCAGUUUACCACAUCCUGAUCUAAGCAAGACUAGUGAGCAUAAGCAUGAAUGUGAGCUAGAGACGUCCUCUGAUAAAAAACACGAGGGAGCAAGUGGUCAAACUUUCACGUUAGAUACAACUCAUUCUUUGUCCUCUUCAUCGUACAGUUAUUCCUCGUCCACCUCUGCCUCAUAUUCUACAGGACAACACGUUGGUGAGGGACUUUUCGAGACUCCUAUUACUAUUCCCAGUGCUCAUUUGAGAACUGAUGCCGAUAGUAUAUCAUAUGAGUAUUCUUCUUUCAAAGAAGAGGAAUCUCUUGCAAUAGAUUCAUCCUAUUUAAGCUCUGGGGUACAGUCAAGAGAUGAAGCCAUGGAAGUUUCUGAAAAGCUCACAUCUGCAACAGCUGACUCUGUAUCCAGUCUUGCAAGGUUUUCUCCACUCAGUCCACUGGAGGAGACCAAAUCAUUCUUUCAAGACCAGGUAUCAUCAGCAGAGGAAAAGUCAGAGGAAGAAUUAGCAAGUAUUAAAUCAGACAAAGAUCAGCCACCUGACCAAAAAGACGUGUUAGCGACUGACCCACAGUGCUCAAAAGCCCCAGAUUCUGCCACAACUGCAUCACAGCAGCUUGACGUAGCUUCUGCUUCACUGGCUAUAUUUGAUAUUGCACCACUAAAGAAAGCUGACACAUCAGAAAAACACUCCCAUGAAGAAUCCUCUGACAUUGAACAAGAAGAAGGGACUUUACCUUGUAGAAUUGAAUGUGACCAAGGUGCACCCCAUGAUCAGAAAGGACGCACUUUUUUGCCCAGACAGCAUGAUGAUAUCACCUCAACCAUGCACUCCGUUCAGUCUAAUUUGGAGAUACAGUCACCACAUUUCUCAGCAGAACAGUCUUCCAAUGGACCAACAGAAGUUUGUGUAGACUCCCAUGUAGUUUCAAGUAAAGCAGGUGAAGUUGGAACCACAUGCCUAGCAGAUCCAAAACAGGAAGAGGUGGAAAAAGAGAAAGAAGAGAAGAAAUCUCAUGUAAAGGAUCAUGAGGUUGCUUCUCCUCCAAAAGAGUCAGAAGAUCAAGCAGACCAGCAGAAGGAGAAAAAAGAAGAGAUGAAGGUUGAGGAGACAAUACCAGGAAAAGAGAAGGUGGGUGAGAAGAAAGAGAGAAACGAGGAAGAGCAGAGUAAGAAGGAUGAUAAAAUGGAAUAUGAAAAGUUUUACAUGAAAGAGGAGAAGCAAGAAAUGCAAGUUAAAGAAAAAUCUGGAGAAAAGAAAGAGAGUAAAGAAAUGGGUGAUUUCAUGAAAGAAGUCAAAGACGAGUGCAGAGAGAAGGAACAGAUGGAAAAGGUCAAAGAAGAAUCUGAGUGCAAGACCGAGGAGAGAAAGCAACCAGUGAUGGUAGAUUUGCCAGAAAAAGAUACCAAGAAAACAGAUGGAGAUGAGCCAAUUCAAAAAAGCGACUCUGAGAUGACUCAGAAGGCUACUACAUGUUCGACAGCUAUACCUGACAGUACAUUGGAUGUGUCUAAACAUCUGCAAGAGGAGAAAGAAAUGAAAGAACAGCUGGAAUAUGACCUAAAAGGCCAGAAAGAUCUAACUGUAUCUCAUUCAUGUGAACAGACCUCUAAACCCUCUAACAAAUCAGAGGAAGAUUUUACUCGACCUUCUGAACUCAGAAUGGAUGCCAGCUCCUCUCACUCACCUUCACUAUACAAACAUCACAAAGGAGAACUUUCACCAUCAUUCAUUAAUCCAAGUCCACACCAUUUAUCUAGUGAGGAGGAAGAGGAGGAUGUCAGAAGUGAUUGCUCAAAGGAUGUUGAUGUUGAUGAUGAACGUGAACAACAUUCUGUUAAAAGGAGAUCUCACAAAGAACAACGCCAUCAUUCUCAUAGCCACCAUGGAGACAAUAAGGAAGGAAUCCAUGCUCCUGCUAGUGGCAUGGCAAGUGGACAUGGAGUAUCACUUGCAGGAGAAGAAACUCCUCCAACCUCUCUGAGUGAGUCUCUUCCUUCUCAGUCUGACUCGGAUGUACCACCUGAGACGGAGGAGUGUCCAUCCAUCACAGCUGAAGGAAACCUUGACUCUGAUGAGGAUGCAGAGCAUUUACCAGUGGACAAGAUGUCGGCUACUAGUGGAAGUGGAAUUGGUCUCCACUCAUCGUCUCCAAGGACCCAUGAUCCUCCACCUGCCCCAAUGAAAGACCCUGUCCCUCAGCCCCCCAAACCUGAUGUGUGCAUGGUAGACCCAGAAGCUGUUUUAAAUGGGCAAAGUCACACAGAGAGACCUUUGAAGAAAGAUCUUAAAACCAACAAAGGAUUGAGGAAAACUCUAGGGAAGCAAAAAUCUGCAUCUCCAGCACGUAAAGGUGAUGGAAGGAGCAGAAGGUCCACGACACCUGUAAAACAGACAUCCAAGGACUCCUCACCUCAUGCCCCUUCUAUUAAAAGAUUAGAUUCUGAGAAGACCCUCCGUGUGUCUCGCAUACCUGAGACACAGGGUUCUAAGGGAGACAACUAUCCAGGAAAAGGACUUGUCAAUGGUGUAAAGAGCAAUACAGGUUCAAACCAGAAGUCUACCUCUGGAGCUUCCCCUGGACCACCUUUCUAUGUUGACCUUGCCUACAUUCCAAAUCACUGCAGUGCUAAAAAUGUAGACCAAGAAUUUUUCAAACGGGUGCGUGCUGCUUACUAUGUAGUGAGUGGAAAUGACCCAGGCAGUGGAGAACCAAGUCGUGGAGUACUGGAUGCGCUGCUUGAAGGCAAAGCACAGUGGGGAACCAAUCUGCAGGUCACACUGAUCCCUACCCAUGACACAGAAGUGACCCGUGACUGGUACCAGCAGACUCACAAGAAGCAACAGGAUCUGAAUAUAAUGGUCUUGGCCAGCAGUAGUACAGUUGUUAUGCAAGAUGAGUCUUUCCCUGCCUGCAAAAUAGAAUUUUAGGCAUGCUUUACAUUUAGGGAAACAUCAUUUUGCAUUAUUAAUUAAGACUAAUUAAGAGUGUAUUCCUUACCACACACAGCAUUGCAUCCCACUGACUGCCAUUUAUAUCUUAGCCUGCAACAGCAGCAGAUCCUUGUGCUCCAAGGUCUUACCAAUAAUCUUUGGUUUAGAAUCCUGACUUAUGUUAUGUGCUAUUUCAUUGGGCUUGCAAGACCUACGCAAAGACUGUGAGGUUAAUUUAAUAGAGGUUGUGGCAAAAGUCUUCAGUUUGUUGUAUAUUUAGUUUAUUCCCAUAUUCCCAAUUAUAAUAUUUUAGAGACAUGCUUACAUUCAGAUGCCCUAAAUAUGAAUUUGAAGCACAAAAUACCCUCUGUAUUUUAUUAGUAUAUUACAUCAAUCCACAACUAACUUCAUUAUCCAAGUUAACAGUUAUUGUAACAUUAAUCUGGAACGGAAAUAGGAUCCUGUAAGGGUAAUUUGUCUGCAGAAAUCUAAUAACCCCCUUUCAGACAGCAAAACUGAGAAAAGGUCUGAGUAAAGUACCAAGGGAGUAUAUGUAGAAGUUUCAAUAUAAAUGACUUAAAUCAUGCUGUUCUGAAAAUGCAAAUACUCUGCACAUACCAGCAAAAACAAGCUAGCAACCAACCAACAAACAAGCAAACAAAAAUGUAAAGCAUAUGCAAGUGCCAAAUCUAAAUUCUAUAUUACAGCUAACAGACUCUGUUAAAAGUAUUCUGUGAGAUGAAUCCACAAUUUUGUGUUGCUCUUAAUUUGUGACCAGGGGGUUGUAGAUGUAUUAUAUUCGUGCCUUUAUGGAUAUGGCACUGUAGAAGACCAGCAGCUUUGCGGUAUUUGUCUGACUUGUUUGUACCUGUUGUGGCUGAUGUAAAAAAAAAGAAAAAGAAUCAAGAAAAUCUGUUAAGAAUUGAAAUCAAUUAACAGUGUAAAAGGGUUAUACAUUGGUUUUAGUUUAAUUAGUGCAUGAUGCCAGAGCAGCUUAGGUUUCUUUUAAGAAAGUGCAGUAUUUUAAGGGUUUUGCUUUUAUAAUUUCAUUAUUCUUUUUGUAUUCCCUGAUUUUACAUAAGAAUGACUUGUGAUAAGGUCUAUGAUAUAUUAUUUGCCAAUUUUAUACCUUUCAAGAGAUAAGGUUUUGAGUUCAGGAGUAUCUUUGUAUGGUUCAGUACAAUGUUCUGAUUCUGAUCAUCCUUUUAAGGCAACAGUUACACAUUGUUUAAAGCCAGAAAUAAUAAUUAGCUUUGGUUUGAAUGGAGGUGACCGUGGUUUAUGUAGCAGUACACGUGACUGUAAAUGUUGGCUUGCAUAAGAAGUGAGCACUGUUUCACCUAUACAUUGUAGAAAUGGAUAGCAUGGGCCCCUGUUGUGUGCCUUCUGCAUUAACCAUUUAGAGACAGAAUAAGGGUUUACAGAAAAAUGCAGAAACACUUUAAAUCACAUGGAAAAUGAACAGCACUUUGGAACAUUAGCCAGAUUUUGAUGAGGAGGGAUUAAAAGUCCGUAGUAGCCUUAUACCAGAUGCACAGUGACACAUAAUGGACUGUCCUAUUCUAAAGUGUAUUCCAAACAAUGCAAAAUUAUACAAAUCAAAUAAUUAUUUUACACAGAGAAAAACAGCAUUUUUUUAUGUGGAAAAAAAAAGAGCCAUUAGAAGAAAGGAGUAUGGGUAGAUAAAAUGCAUGUAAAUAUUUACAUAAAUGACAUUGGGGUUAUUAGGUUAUUUUAAUUAAAUAGAACUAUUUAUUAAUGAGAAAUGAGGCACUUCUAAUAUUUACUGAAGCUUGAAUAUAACAUAGUUGACUGAAUCUAGUAUGGUAUCCUAAAUGUAUGAUCAUGUAUAAUUGUCUGUCUGUUAUACAAUAGGUUUAAAGGCCAGUCUGUGUACAUACAUUCAGUGAAUGAGUUGGAAGUCGUGGAUUGAGUACAAAUAAUCUGAAAAUCCCUGGCGCAACAUGACUAAUAUAAAUUGUUUGAAUUAAGUUAAUUUUACUUAUAUUUAUUUGACAGCUUCAGUAUUACCUUAGUAUUUAGCUUACUGUUUUGUUGAUGUGAUUAUGAUGUUUAAUUUUCUAAAACACAACACAAAUGUCUCUGCGUCUAUAUGUUAAUGUAUAUGUUAAAGUAAGCGCUUUUAUGGUCUGUUGAUUUUUAAAUUUGUAAAAAAACAACAACAAACAAACACAAAACAACAAGCUAGUGUUUUAUUCAUAUUUACUGUUGUGUUUGCAGAACAGACUGAGAUUAAGUCAGGGACUGUGUAUGAAAGAUUUAAGUCCUAAUUCCUGUGACAAACAAUUUGCUGCAAUUUUAUUAUAAGCUUUUAAAUCCCUUUGAACUUUUUAUGGUUAUUUUUAUGCUGAAACAAAGCCAAGCUUACACUACAGCACCCCGGGAUGUUAAAAUGAACAAAUAAGUUCAUGUCUUAAUUGUUUAUUUCAGACAUGUAUGAAUCAGUAUUAUGGAAUGCAGUUGACACUGUAUUUUGUUUCAAGGUCAGUUAAUUUUUUUAUGGAAAUUGAUUAGGCAUUAUAUUAUUAUUAUUAUUAUUAUUAUUAUUAUUAUUAUUUUCAGGCAUAGUGUCAUUGUGUUCCUGGAAGGUUAAUGCUCAGAGUCCAAAGCAAUGAAAUUACCUCUGGUCCUGUCGACCUCAUAAAUGACAUGAGCCUAAAUGACUGAAACUGCUCUCUAAUCCUAACAUAAAUAUACAACUAUACACCAAGGACAAUAUGUAUUUUUGAUAGGUGAACUGUACUAAAAAUGGGAUUGUGUACUGUAUGUUCAUAGGUAUGGAUAUAUUUUAAUAUUUGGCCUUAGGAACAAGUACUGUCUGGUCUUGUUGAUUAUGUGUGACUGCUGUGCACAGAACUCUGUGCAAUGUAUGCACUAACUUCAUAUUAUUGAAUGUAUAUGUUGCUUUGAUGGAUGCUGCUUGAACAAAACAAAGAGCUAGCAAAUAUGCAUAUGGUACAGUGAACUCUGAGUGAAAUGGUGAAAAGACUGUGAUAAGUUUAUAUGUAAAAACACAACUGUAGACUAAUUCAGAUUUCAGUAAUGAUGCAUUACUCUCUCCGUACCAGAAGACUGAAAAUCACACAAACUACAGUUGCGAGGUUUUCUUCUCCUGAAUGACUUGAAUUCUACACAACAAAAUCUAAAGAGCAGUGCAACCUCUCUGCUUACAUACACUUGUAUACACCAAUCAAAAUAACAAAUGGCUACAAACUUACUCUUGUCUAGCAUUUUCAUUUUGGAACAUUAUAGCAUCAGUGGAAUUUUACUUUGCAAUAAGCAAGAACAGACUUCAGAAAUGAGGUCCCUCUUUUGGUUCAGUUCCAUACUCCUGAGUCCAUUCUCCAAAAUGAAUGGCUUUAUCUGCCCUUAAAUCAUGCCAACGCAUCAAUUUCUGCAUGUGAUCUUAUUAGUUAUAAUCCUGAAUGUACUUCUUUAAUAACUAAAACAAGAACACUAUUUUAAAAGGUAUAUUUGAACAAGCUAAUUGUCUUAAUAGUACUGAAAUAUGCAUAUUAUUGGGCUUUGCUUCUGUUUGCCCUAAGAUGUUGUUGAGAAGAUGCUGUGAUAGUUCCUGUUUUUUGCUGCUGUAUGUGUCUUAAUUCCGUUCCUCUUUAGUGCAGUAUAACAAAUGAGCGCUUUCAAAUCCAAACACAAACUUAGAUUUCUGCUUACUGUAAACCGGAACCAUUCUAGUCAUCAUGAAUAAUAAUAAUAAAAAAACCUUAAAUUC